AUGCACAUACAUUUCACAGCACCAAAUACUGGCGAGACCUCGCUCAAACCAACGAACGAGCUAUUUUGGGUCAACCCAGGCGGCAAUAAUACGGCCCGAUCAGUCCUGAAAAGUGGUACAAAUGCUGGGGUGUUACUGGACGAUUUACAAAACAGGAAUAUAGUUAUUCCAGGUGCUCCGCCCAGAAUUUUCCCGCCACUUCGGAACUUAAACGAUGUUUCUCCGAAAAUUUCCUUCCAAACUACACAGGCGCAUACACACACAAACACAUACAUAAAUACACACAUAUGCACGUACACAUGCACAUAUGCAUACGUACACACAUACACACAGACACAUACGCAUACACGUACACAUACACGUACACAGGCACAGACACAGACACAGACACAUACACACACACACCCAUACACAUACACGUACCCAGACACAGACACAUACACACACACACACACACACAUACAGACCCAUACACAUCCCAUAGUGUCUAUUAUCGGCGACUGGUGA